AUGUCCAAGAAGUUUGAUCCUCCUUCGCAGACCUUUUCUAUGCCUAAAUUCUGCGAAAUCUUCAACAUCGACAUGAGCAAACUUAGUCCAUUGGAAGGAAACGCAACAAAGAAGAAGGCGCAGAGGCUCUGGCAGAAAGGAUACGAAAACAUGGUCAUGGAACAACACGUGAACAAAAUGGAGUCUGUUUUGAUGGGAGGAAACGUUCCAAAGGGUACAAUCUUCCACAUGAAAGUCUUCGAUGACGCAAUGAGAUGUGCGAAACUGAUUAAAGUCGGUUCUGAUGACAAUUGCAGUUCAAUCACUGAAAUCAUCAAGAAAAUUAUACAGAAAGACAACGUUUCUUUGAUGAUUACUGUUGCAAAGGGAGAAACAAAGAUACUAGAUGAUAAAUCGCUCUCGGAUGCAAUGAAUUUUGUUUAUUUCUCUGACAAAAGAUGUCUGACAGUCAGCGCAAUUUAA